AUGAGAGAACCUCGAGAUCAUCAGAAAAAUUCCAUCAGCAAACAGUUAUCUGUUAAUAUCGCAACGAUUUCUGGUGAAAAUACGUUUUUCAAUACUGAAGUUGCCAAAAAGUACCAAUAUUCGAAUAAAUUAGGUUCAUUAAGCCCUCUCAGCAACGCAGAAACUUCGGGAUCAUCAGUUUCAGAAGGAUCGAAUGCAAGUUGCUUUGAUAGAAAUGAUGGCAUAUAUCAUGCUCGUCCAUAUAAUGAUAAUGACUGCAUAGCUGGUAGAACACCAUCUAAGACUUAUUACCAUAGUGGACCGCCACUUCGAGUAGGGAUGAAAAACAAGCAAUAUACUGACCUUAUAAACAGAAGUUUGCUACGAAGUAAUGGGAAUGGUCAUUGCAUUCGUUCGAAAAAUAUUGCUGGAAAGGCACAAAUUAUAAGCAAGUCGAAUGGAACAUGUGGCAUUUGCGAGAAACCAGUAUUAGACGAAGGUAGCAUUACAUUCGCAUUAGGUCAACUCUAUCACCAGUGUUGUUUCAUCUGCACCAUUUGUGGUCGUACAUUAGCUGGAAAGAAAUUUUAUAAGGUCAAGGGCAGAACAUAUUGCGAAGAAGAUUACCUAUAUGCAGGUGUGCAUGAAACAGCCGAAAGAUGCGCGGCAUGUUCACAUCUAAUUAUUGAUCUGGUGUUACAAGCACUUGGAAAAUCUUAUCAUCCACGAUGUUUUCGUUGCGAAUGUUGUAAAACCUGCUUAGAUGGCAUACCUUUUGCGUUGGAUUCACGUGGCAAAAUAUAUUGUAUCGAUGAUUACCAUAAACUUUUUGCUCCAAAAUGUGCUACUUGUCAUAAACCUAUUUUAGCAAGCACAAAUUCUGGAGAAACUGUUCGAGUCGUUGCCAUUAACAAAGAUUACCACGUGGAAUGUUAUGUUUGUGAGGGAUGUGGAAAGCAAUUAACGGAUGAAAAAGAAAAAAGAUGUUAUCCACUGAAUGAUCAUUUAUUUUGCAAGGAUUGCCACUUACAAUGGGCGAAAAUCCGUGGUACUCAACAAUCGAUUACAGAUGUUUAG